AUGGCGGCAUCAACCGCCGACCCCGCUGCGCUGAGACGCCGUCCGUGGCAGACCCGCCCCUACCUACGACUUCUGGCCAUGGUCGCACUCCUCGGCUCCCCUGCAUGGGCAGCAGCUGUCGAUCCUUACUCCAUGCAAAUCAAGCCUACGGCCCUCGCAACAGCGUCACCUUCCGUGCCCGUCGUGGAAGCUCCGAUUCCUACUGCCCGCCAGUCAAUGCAUGCACAAGUCCCUGACCAAGGUUGGGACCUGAAACGUCGAGCUGAGAACGAGGAUGAGACUAGCUCUAGCUCUGGAAAGGAAUCCAGCUCUGGCUCCAGCGCGAGGACCUCCAGCGAUGCGAAGAAAACCACGAGCGCGAGUGCCUCUGACAAGUCCUCUUCCGGUACCAAGACUGCGACGACAGACAAAGACGACAGCAUGACGACGUUCACGGUGUCCAUCAGGACAUCCACCACCACCGUCGCCAGCAACUCGCCGUUGCCCUCGGCCUUCGACGACUCGAUCCCGACCGAUUUUAAGCUCAGUAACGAAGAUAAUUCUUGCCCUACCUUCAUGAGCGACUUGUUGAACCACCAGACAUUCAAGGACUGCUUGCCGAUCUCGAUGAUGAUGGAGACCUCCCAAUCGUUCUUCAAUGCCAGGAAACAGCUCACUAGCACUGUCCGUGUGCUCGACAAAUCGUGCCGAGUUGACACCAAUGCCUGCACGAAGUUCAUGGAGAAUGCAGCCAAGAACCUGACCAAGGAUGAGAACUGCUCGGCGGAAUACAAGGGCAACCUGAAGACUAUCGUACAGGCGUACCGCGGCCUGAGAGCAUACCAGACCAUGUACAGCGCGACUUGUCUCGAGGAUCCUGAUUCGGGAAUGUAUUGCUUUGCCAAUGCCGUCACGAAUCUUUCCGCGCCGUCCGAUGCAUACCUGUAUCUGAUGCCGUACGACCUAAACCUGCCAGGAUCGUCGACGCCCACUUGCAACUGGUGCAACAAGGAGACCAUGGCUAUUUGGCACGCAGCAUCAGCUGACACAAGCCAGAGUCUGUCCCAAACGUACACGGGUGCAGCUCGCCAAUUUAAUACCCUUUGCGGGCCGAACUUUGUGAACGAGACAACACCAGAGGCAGGCGGGACGGUUGCCAACGGCCCGGCCUGGUCAGUGUUUACAUUGACUCUGGCCUUGGCAUUCAUGCUCGGCUCCUUCCUAUAG